AUGGCGAAGUUCUUGAAACCUAAAAAGGCGGUGAUUCUCUUACAAGGGCGUUAUGUCGGUAAGAAAUCUGUAAUCGUCAAGAACUUCGACGACGGCAACCGUGAGAAGCCUUACGGUUACUGUCUCAUUGCCGGGAUCAAGAAGUACCUUAGCAAAGUGAUCAAGAAGGACUCCGCGAAGAAGACGACGAAGAAAUCUAGGGUUAAGGCGUUCGUGAAGCUGGUGAAUUAUCAACAUCUGAUGCCAGCUCGUUAUACUCUGGAUAUGGAUAUGAAAGACGUUAUUGUUCCUGAUGUUCUUCAAUCGAAGGAUAAGAAGGUUACAGCGUUGAAAGAGACUAAGAAGAGGUUUGAAGAGAGGUUCAAAAUAGGGAAGAACAAGUGGUUUUUCACCAACCUUAGAUUUUGA